GUUUUGUGGAAGCAUGAUAGAACCAAGUCGUUCGCUCUCAAGUGCAUGAAAAAGCUCCACAUUGUGGAGACUAGACAGCAGGAGCAUAUCUUCUCUGAGCGAAACCUCAUGUUUGAGAUAAAGUGCUCCUUUGUAUGCAAACUAUAUGCUACUUAUCGUGAUUCAAAGUAUGUGUACAUGCUCCUGGAGGCCUGUCUAGGAGGCGAACUCUGGAACGUACUUAGAAACAGAGGCAGUUUUGAUGACAAUAUCACACGGUUCGUCGUGGCUUGCGUUCUAGAGGCCUUUACUUACCUUCACACACGAGGUAUUCUUUAUCGAGAUUUAAAGCCUGAAAAUCUACUUUUAGACUCCAGGGGGAUAACCAUUUUCGCGCUCAUUAGUGGCCAAAAGCGAGUCGGCUACAUGUUUAGCCAAGAAUCUAGAAUAUUUGACAUGCCAGACUUACUGGCCAUUCGGUGGACCAGCCUGACGGUGAUUGGGUUGGAGAAAAUGCGUAUUUUACAGACUCAAGACGGCAGGGUAACGCUGCUGACCGAGACGAAGUCAGGACUUGAGCUCUCCAGAUCAAUUUAG